CGCUCUUAUGCACUCUGUCGCUGCUAAGCCGCCAUCUUGAAUACGAUGCACUGCCGAUAACUCGUCUACUGCGACGACGCGCGAUUUCGUGAAAUCCUUUUAGCGCGAAUGAAACACGCAAAGGAAACAGAUGCUUUGGUAUUUAACAUCUGUCGUUGGAACUUAACAAAUGCCCGCGGCGAUUUCGCGUCUGUGAAUUUCGCUCCCUCUCUCCUAUUGGUCCAGAAUUCAUUAGUUUUUUCGCAAUGCCCAACAGAGCCAUCUAUCGGUGGUUCUGGAAUGAGAUAAGAUUGACGACCCUGAGAUCUGGAGCACCCGUUUCGUUUCCGAAUAUAUACGAGACUGCAAACAAGGCGUUUUCAGGUUACUGCGCAUGCGGGAAAAAUCCCGUGAGUCGGCAGAAAGAGAAAGGUAGUAGUGGUUCGUUGCAGCUGGAAUUACUGAACAAAUUGUGGAAUUGGAACAGUGCUAAACAGUGUAAAAAUUAUUCCACAACAAUUGAAACCAGGGAUCAAGAGAUGACGGGCAUCAAAGAAAAGCCAUUUCGCCGACUUCCUAAUGAUGUUCGACCGUGUCACUAUGAUAUCACGUUGGUGCCGGACAUAACAAAUUUCAUCUUCCAUGGAACGGAAAAUGUGCAUAUUAAUGUACUCAAAUCUACUGAUACGAUUGUUUUAAAUUCAUUGGAAAUCAAUAUUAAAAGUGCAUAUUUUGUUAAUAACAAUGGAUAUACAAUUCCUGCAAAGAGUAUUGACAUAUCUUCAUCUGAAGAAACUGCUACUUUGGUAUUUGACGAUAAACUUCCAGUUGGAAAAGUUGUGAUUCUAAGUUUGGAAUUUGUAGGAGAAAUCAAUGACAAGAUGAAAGGUUUUUAUCGCAGUAAAUAUAUAAGGACUAAUGGUACGGUUGGUUAUACAGCAGUCACACAGUUUGAACCUACAGAUGCUAGACGUUGUUUUCCAUGUUGGGAUGAACCAGCUCAUAAAGCCACGUUUGACAUUACUUUAAAAGUACCAACUGGUGUUACAGCACUUUCAAAUAUGCCUAUCAAGGAAAGAACUGUUAGCGAAUCAAUCGAGAUAUUAACUUUUGAGAGAACUCCUCUUAUGUCGACCUAUCUGGUAGCUGUGGUAAUAGGAGAGUUUGAUUAUGUAGAGGACAGAUCAAGUGAUGGUGUACUUGUACGAGUUUAUACUCCAAAAUCCAAAAAAGAGCAAGGACAAUUUGCAUUAGAAGUGGCAACAAAGGUGUUGCCUUAUUAUAAAACAUACUUCGGUAUAGCGUAUCCGCUUCCGAAAAUCGACCUUAUUGCGAUUUCGGACUUUUCAUCAGGUGCCAUGGAAAAUUGGGGUUUAGUAACGUAUCGAGAAACUUGUCUCUUGGUAGAUCCACAAAAUACAUCUUCUGUUAGGAAACAAUGGAUCGCUUUAGUUGUAGCACAUGAAUUAGCUCAUCAAUGGUUUGGGAAUCUCGUCACUAUGGAAUGGUGGACGCAUCUGUGGUUAAACGAAGGAUACGCUUCAUUCGUAGAAUUCCUUUGCGUUGCACAUCUUUUCCCUGAAUACGAUAUUUGGACGCAAUUUGUAACAGAUACGCAUAUCAGAGCAUUGGAAUUAGAUGCAUUGAAGAAUAGUCAUCCUAUAGAAGUCCUAGUCGAGCAUCCAGCUGAAAUAGAUGAAAUUUUCGAUGAUAUAUCGUAUUAUAAAGGAGCAUGUGUUAUCAGAAUGCUGCAUUCUUAUAUAGGCGAUGACGAUUUCAGGAAGGGUAUGAAUUUGUACUUAAAAAGGCAUAGCUACUUUUAUGCAGAGACAGAAGAUCUUUGGGCUGCCUUGGAAGAGGCGAGCAAAAAAACUGUUCGAAGUGUUAUGUCUACGUGGACCAAACAACAAGGCUUUCCCAUUGUAAAAGUUGAAUAUCGACAAGAAGGUAACGACAGAAUUUUGUCUCUCUCUCAAGAAAGAUUUUUAGCAGACGGAUCUGUAGAUACGGACAACCAAACGUGGAUUGUACCAAUAAGUGUAAGCACUUCCAAACAACCCAAAGAAACUGUUCUUAGUGCAUUAAUGGAUGAGAAGACUAAAGAGUUUGUACUUAAGGACGUACCUGAAGGUACUUGGUUAAAGAUUAAUCCAGGAGCGAUCGGCUUUUACAGAACGCGCUAUAGUCCAGAAGCGAUGUCUCUAUUUUUGCCUGCCAUUAAAGAUCACACGUUACCUCCAUUAGACAGAUUAGGUCUUUUGGAUGAUCUUUUUGCUAUGGUUCAAGCUGGACAUGCUUCGACCGUAGAAGUACUUAGAUUCAUGCAAGCAUUUAAACACGAGGACAAUUAUACAGUAUGGUCUAGUAUAGUGAAUUGCAUAGGAAAGAUUAGUGUACUUUUAGCUCCUCUAGACUCUGCGGAUGCAUUCAAGGCAUUCGUUCGAAAUCUAAUGCGCGAUAUUAGCAAAAGAUUGGGAUGGGAUCCAAAGCCUAACGAAAGUCAUUUAGAUACGCUUCUCAGAUCUCUCAUAUUAGAUCGUAUGGCAGCUGCAAACGACGAGGAAACUAUACGACAAGCAACGAGGAGAUUCGCACUUCACAUGUCUGGCGUUAUGCCUCUUCCCGCAGACUUAAGAAGUCCGGUUUAUCGUGCUGUUCUCUCCGUAGGUGAUGCUUUUACCUAUGACACUAUGCUUAAUCUCUACGAAGAAUCGGAUCUUCAUGAAGAAAAAGAAAGAAUAUUGAAAGCGCUUGGUGCGAUCCGAUACGAAAAUUUAAUAGAAAGAACUAUUGAAUUCUCCAUGAGCGAGAAAGUAAGAGCACAGGAUACUGUUUUUGGCUUCAUGUCUGUUACAAUGACACAAUAUAAAGGCCGUGUUAUUGCCUGGAAAUUCUUUAAGGAACAUUGGAAAACUCUUCUCGAUCGUUAUGAGGGAGGUUUCUUACUCUCCAGGCUAGUCAAGUUAACGACCGAAAAUUUUGUCUCCGAAGAAUACGCCAAAGAUGUGGAAAACUUCUUUGAAAAUCACCCGAUGCCUGGAACAGAAAGAACGGUCCAACAAAGCAUCGAAUCUAUCAGAUUACACGCAGCGUGGCUUGCUAGAGAUAAAGACUCUAUAAAAGAAUUUUUAAGUACCGUAGUUUAGAAUAUCCUUGUUUUGAGUUUAUGAAUGUCGUCGGUAUUCUUGGCUUAGCAGAGAAUCGAUAAAAUCGUACCUUUCUUAAGAGUUAAGAAAUUAUUUAAAUCACGUAUAAAACGUUUUUAAUAACGUUUGACAUUAACAGGCAUAAGAUCGCGAUGAUCUAUUGUUUGUUCGUACCAUAGUUCGUCAUUCGAAGGAAAUAAUCGUUUUACUUAAGAACCAUCAUCGUUCAUUUAGUUUAGGGGAAGUUUUAUUGUCAGUAGCAUUUACACAACAAUCGUCGUUCGUUCGUUCGUUUAUCUUGCAUUUCACUUAGAACAUACGUACUUACCAAGAAUCAUGGAAUACGCGCAUCGGUAAUUUUGUGCCGCUUUUAUGUUAUAUGCGUAUUCACGAGUAUGAAAUUUCAUAUCAAAGAGAAAUGUAAUGUUACCGUUCCCCAAAACACAAUUGCAUUUUCGAGAUAAUUGAUUCGAUGAGUGAAAUUGAAAUAAUCGAAAUAAAAACUUUUACGCUUAUAAGUAAAACAAAAAAAAGAAAACAAAAAAAUA